GUCAAGGGCAGCCAAUUGACCUCAGAUUGCCUGACCUCAGACAAAAUAUGUAAGUGGUAUAAUAUUUGUCCAUGCGAAGAUUCAGGAGUUUUUUCCUCGCUAUAUACUGGCUGUAGAACGUAUCUUCUAUCAAACAAACCAAAGGAUUUUGCAACGAAAUACCACAACGUAUGUAUAUUGAUCAUUUACUAACACUACAAACGGCCUACAAUGUUUAAUUAAACCAUUAUAAAAUCAAUGUCUGUUCACUAGCCGGCUAUUUUAAACGGAUUUGAAAAACUUUUUUACUGUCAUUUGACAAAUUUAGAUCACUAUGAAGGCUUGUAUAAUUGUUACUAUAAUCCUAAAACAAUUGCAGCGAAACUAUACUCUAAACCUUGCCAUUAUUUCGCAAUAUUCAUAGCCACAUCGUGUAAUUUACUCAACGAAAUACAGUAUUGUGAUAAUAUUGUGAUUAUACUUUGCAUGCACCGACUGUGCGGUUUUACAAAUACUCUAAUCGCCUUCAUUCUCAAGAUUCGUAUCUCGUUUUUUUAUAACGUACAAUGAUUUCAAAUUUUUGUACAAUAAACCAUUUCACACAUAUUCGUAAAAUAUUUAGCACUUUUGAGUUUUGUGGCCCAAAGGCGUUAAAUUAAUUCACUGCUUUACUGGCCGAUGUUAUUGCGAAUUGAAACCCGAUAGCUAUUUUAUAAUUUUAUGCCAUAAAGCAAAAUUUAUAUAAGUUAUUAGUCUUAUUAGCAUAUGAAUAGAAAGUAUUAGUUAUAGCCAUACUUGUGCACAGAGUGAAAAAAUAUUUUCAUUUAUGUUUUCAUUUCAUAUUUUAUUUGCUGGUAAAUAAUUAAAAUAAAUAGAAUUAUCGAAAGAUCAACCGUCAACGAAUAAUACACACCACAUUUCUCAAGUAUUUCAUAAGUGAAAAUCAAUGCCAAAUUAAAAUAUAAAGCAAUGAAUGAAUAAAGAAAUUAAACUCUUACAGGAAGUAUAUUGUUUUAUUACUUCUGGUGGGGUGUUAAAAAGACAUUGUAAUUUUAAACGGGAGUUGAAAAAUCUUUCAUGUGCCACGUCCAGAGUGCCACGUCAGUAUCUUUAGCUUAGGGCACAUGUUAUCUGCUGUUGUUAUCUUAUUAUUGGAUAAGGUUUAAUUAGUUGUGAUAUGUUUAUGUUCACACUAAACUGCUCUGGUUUGUGACCUCAAAAAGAUUAAAACACUUUUUUUGUGUUUUGAUCAAAGGAAUUUUUUCCGUUGAAACGUCAGAAGAGUGCUCUUUUUCAAAUAGUUCACACACAAACCAGGACAUUUUUAUAUUGUAAAAUGCUACCUGCACUGGACUAACACGUUUGAGAUGUCUUUUUCAGAUAUCCGGGUGGCGCAAAAAAAAGUUAACCUGUUUGAUUUAUUUUAACUUAAAGGGGAAGUCAAGUCCGUUCUGCGCAUCGGUUCUGCUCAUAACAAUGAGAGGACCUCUAAUGUGAACAUUGCCCAAAUUUCGAAUUUUUCGAAUUUUUCUGAACAUAAACUCUAUUUCAUAUUCAUUUAGAAGCAUAGCGAACCAAAAUGGUGUUAGAUAUUCAGACAGUACAUCAUAUUUUAAAAAAUAGAGCAGUUCAAAAUGUAAACAAACCGUUUGUUUACAUUACGGACUUGACUUCCCCUUUAAAAACUAAAAGAGCUAUUACACCUAAACUACGUGCAUUGCAUUCAGUAUUGUCUAACUUAAAUUUUGAUAUACGCCCUGUGCAAUUUCGUGCAAUAUUGACCGAGAGAGCUGCGUUUAAACUUGAAUAAACAUUUUGGGAAGUGUCAAGAAUUAGCUAAAAACGGCCUGUUGAAUUAAAUUAAACAAAUUUGAUAACCGUUACCAUUUUAUCGUAAAUAUUCGUUUCAAUGAAGUGAAGUUUAAAUUAAAAAUGUUUAUUGGAUGGAUGUGCUCUUUUAUUUUUGUUUAAAGGUCUUUGGGAAUGCAUGAAAAUUAAAUUAUGAAGCGAUUUUGAUUAAAAGAUUUAUUCUAAAUAUUCAAUGACCCUGGGGUCUGGGGAAUCAAAUUCUAAUGUUCCAAGAAAGAAACGUCAAGUGUUUUUUUUUUAUAAAUACGCCUCGUUUAACGAAGGACCAAAGAGUUUCGAUCUGGUUAGAAUAUGCAAGGGUAAAUAAUGCUCGUGAGGUUAUACCGGCGGCGUUGGGCUAACCUGAAGUUGUGAUUAGGGCCUGAACUUAAGGUUAGCGUUGGGCAGGUCUCUGACAACGAACGUGUACUUUCUGACUAUAGUGCGUCAGCACUGCAGGUUAUUGCUGUAUUAAAUAUUUGAUAGGCCGUUUUUGGCUAAUUCUCGACACUUUUACUGAAAAUGGUUACUCAAGUUUAAACGCAGCUCUCUCGGUCAAUAUUGCACGAAAAUGCACAGGGCGUACAUCAAAAUUUAAGUUAGACAAUACUGAAUGCAAUGCACGUAGUUCACGUGUAAUAGCUCUUUUAGCUUUUAAGUUAAAACAAAUCAAACAGGUUAACUUUUUUUUGCGCCACCCUGUAGUUCAGACACAAACCUCGACAGCUUGUUGUAGAAUACUACCUACACUGGACCACCACGUUUAAGAUAAUUUUCAGAUAGUUCAAACACAAACCACGACAGCUUAUUGUAGAAUACUAUACCUACACUGGACCACCACAUUUAAGAUAAUUUUCAGAUAGUUCAAACACAAACCACGACAGCUUAUUGUAGAAUACUACCUACACUGGACCACCAUGUUUGAGAUAUCUUUUUCAGGUAUAGUUCAGACACAAACCACGGCAGCUUAUUGUUAGGCUUAUCUGGGAAAACCCCCCGUUUGGAAAUGGUUUUCAUGUCUGCCGUUUGGGAUGCACGUUCAUAUUUUGCAUAGAAAUACGUUUCCCUCUGGCCAUGACCCAGAGUUCCAAUCCUAACCCUAAGGCUAUGUUCGGGUGGGUUAUAUAAAGGAUGUACCAAAUUUUGCACACGCCUCUGCCAAGAUCAACAAAAUAUUUUUACAGGAUUAAAUUUAAAAAGAUGAGGAUUAAAAACUGAAUCAGUUCUCACAAAUAUGUCGGCCUUAAUCUCUUUUUAUAACAGUGAUUAAUAAUAUUAAUAAUUCCUUGUGGUUUCUUGAUAAAAUCUGAGCAUUUGGUUGGUUGAUUUCAACAAGCAGGGUCAACGUCAGAAAUGUUGACAGUUAAAAGAGCAGGAAAAUUAAACUACAUCUUACAAUUCUAUUUAUUUAAUUGUCUCCAAAUGCAGGGUAACCAAUUAUAUAUUGAGAAGAACAAGCAUAAUCUUCUCACUCUGAUAACUGCAGGUUGAGCCGACUAUUUGUUGCGCGAUAGCGCUUUUAGUAAACUCACCUAUUGCAUUCAAUCGUGGAAUAAAUAUAACGUUUCCAAGGCAGUCUUUUUGCGUUAUUUGUACCUCUAACGAUGCAGUAUUUGCAUCAUUUUGACGAUCCUACAUCACUUUGUAUUGUUGGUUUUGUUUACCUCCGUAAUCCCUAUUGUAACAGCAGCAUAAUUACAACACUGCAAACAAAUCAUUAAAGUGAAAUAAUUUAUUGUCAUUGUCUUAUAUCUGUCUACCGUCAUGGCUGCUUCAACUGUCUCUGUCGCUAUAGGUUUGGAAUUAUAGUUUAAUUUAUAGUUGUAUUUUUACGCUUUUAGGCUUCGUAUGUACAGUUUGAUAGUCUAAAUGUACCAUUGUACCACGAUAAUUCUUCAGCAGUAAUAUUGCGUUCACUAGCAGAUAGUGGUCAAUCUGCAGUUAUCGGAGUGAGAAAAUAAUACGAAUUCUUUUCAUGUGCUCGCUUCUACAUGUUUUAACAUUCUGAUAUCUGUUGACUAUCAUUUGCUCGACCCCUUAUAAACCUACCAAUAUCCAACGAAUUGUGCCUGUUGCCGUUUUAAAUCAUUUGAUAUAUUCCUUCCUGCUUAGUUUUAUUUGCGUUUUCUCUUCUAAACCUUAAUUGACAUACUGUAUUUAUUGACGAAAGCGUUUUAUUUUCUAGAGAGUCCAAGUUUACUCGCCAAAGGUUUACACUUUCUUAACACGUAAGUUAUGUAAUUGAGACUUAAUUUAUAUCUAUGCCUUGUAGUUACAGUUUAAUACAAUAAUUUCCAAGACUAUUUUCACCAUUGUCAUUGAUAUCAACGUUGACAGUUCUUGACAUACAUGAGUGCAAUAAUCAAUAUAUUUAUUUAUUUAUUAAUUUAUUUAUUUAUUGUGCUUCGCUUCCAAACAUCAUACAACAAUUGCAUUAAAGAAGCUGGGACACCACAACAGCUUAACACCAAUUACAGUGAGCCCUUUACAAAAUAUCAAUAUAAACAUAGAAAAUAGAAACAAGGUUAUGCAAUUAUAGUACCUUUACACACCACGAUCCGCCGUGUACGACUCGUAUUCUGGCGUAUGUAAUGGAGUAGGCACGCGUAAAUUUGUGCAUUUAAAUUUUGCCUCAAUUCAGAUUUUUUUUGAUAUUGUAUGUACAUUUUACCACGAGCCUCCUAUAUGUCACUUGAUUAUUCCAAAACACCUCGAUUCUUCAUUUUUGGGAAUUGGUAAUCCGUGCCAAUGAGUGAAAAUUGUUUGUCCAAGGCUAAAGCUCUUGUACUGUUGUAGUCCUUAAACUUAAAGUCAAACGAAAGUUGAUAUGAGAGAUCCAUAAUUCAUAAACUCUCAUCACUGAAGUCCCAUCAAAAUUUGCACCAGCUCAAAGUGACUAUGCUCAAAUUUGACGACAGCUGUCAAGAGUGCAUGAGAGUCGAUGAGAAUUGAGCCAGUGAAACUUAAGUCUCAACCUCGUUUGACCGAUCGGGGUCAUCGGGCUUUAUCCGUAGGAGUUAGCCCUCAUUACACCAUUUGCGUUCAACAUUAAAAACAAAGUUCAAAGACAAUUAACAGUCCGUACAUAGUCAUAGAGUAGACUUUGAGUAGACAUCAAAAGUAUCUUUCAGAGCAGUACACUAACCUUUGUAUAAAAAAAAAACUAACAAAGAUAUUUAAAUCACUAUACAAACUAUUAAUACCUAAGUCUUUUCAAAAGUUUAAUACAGCAACAUUUAUAUGUACUGUUACAUUCAGAUACAUAUAUAUAGUUGAUUUUAAUCUUUAAUGAAUUUCAAUUGGAAUUUAAUUUUUAAUCACCCACAUAUGCAAAAUUACAUUUAGUGGGUAACACUGAUUCAUCAAAAAUAUUGCACAACGCAUUCAGCUUGCGAAUUGGCUUUGGCUUUGCUUUCAUCGACUUCAAAACAAUUCUUUGUGUUCUGUUAUAAAAUUCCUUGCAACCGCGUAGCAUGAUAGCAUUGUAGCAAUUUUGCUCGACAAUGCAUUCCUACUGAAUUCUGCUGAUCGAUAUAUAAGGACAUCAAAAUACCGUACGGACGUUAACCGAUUGUCAAAAUGCUGGAGCUUAUUCGAGCAGUGAGAAAAGCUUUAUUUCACUAUGAAUCUGAAGACGAUGAGAGGUGAGUAGAUAAAUAUUAUAAGAAAACGAAUGGAAACGAAACGUUUCUCUCGUAAUCCUGGAAUUGCUGUCAAAGGAUUUUAGUCUGAUUUACAGUAGACGUGGAUGAUCUGUGAAGACGCGUUAUCAAUCUUGAUUGAUUAUCGUCGUGUGGUGUAAACUGAGUUGUGUAAACACAGCGAGAAUUGUCCAGUCGAGUACAAUAGCUUAUGGCAAUAGUUUUUGAAAUAAAUCAUGUCUGAUGUUUCCCGUUAGUUCGUGUAAUGAUGUAUUUAUGCGAAGAAGAAUCGUCCGUCAUGAUACAUCAUCUGUCUGAUAGAUCAUCCGGCUUAUAGUCGGUAUAAAUUAUCCGAGGCGAUCUAUCACUGGCAAUAGUUCUGGCACUUCUGCGAACAAUCAGUCUGAUAUUCUCCUGGCAUUUCGUUUAAUGCCAUAUUUUUUACACAUAGAUAGAUCGUCCCUAAAAACCCAUACUCCAUCCGAGGAAUCGUCCGUCUUAGCGUGAACACAGGACGAACUCUCCGGGCAACUACAGGAAUCUUGGCUGUUGAUCCAUCCGUUCGCUGCGUUUAUACACAGAAACAUUAUCAGACGAACUAUCUUAUCUUUGCCUAAGCCCAUCCAGAUGCACUUUCAAUUGCCAUACAUAUUUAAUAUACUGUUUAUCAGCCGAUGCAAAUGAAUGCCGUGAAGCGACUCGAAGUGAAACUAAAAUUCUGUAACUUUCUUUUGAUUUUUGGAAACAUUUUCUCCCCCCAAAAUCUCAAAUUCUGUCCAUGUAUUUACCUUUGAAGUACGAAUUUUUGGGAAGAUUUAUUUGGCCGAGAAUUAGACGCUAUUUAUCAACAGCAGAUGUGCUUUUAAAAAUUGUAUGCUGCGAUUUAAUUGCUUUUAGGCAUGUACAGUUUCCUCGCAUUUGUCUCGGAGACAUUUGGGGACAUGUCAUGUGGUUGGAAACCUUUACAUUCUAUAUAUAUAUAAUAGAGAUCGCUGAGCAUUGUGUGUCUGAUGGGUCAUCCUUAGAGGGAUCCGUAUUUUAGAUUCUGGGGGCUAAAUAUUAUUAAAAUGUCAAUAUUUUAAAAUGCGCCUGCAUAAAUUCAAAAGGUUCCUGUGCGGUCGUGCAUUUUAAUGAUGCUGAUCUCCAGUAAAAAUCGGGGCAACGACUACUGACGCUUAACUUGAGGUUAUUCUCAAACAUGACUAAGAGAAUUGUCUAUAACAUUGUGCCAUCAUUUGGCAAUAUUAAUAAAAGCCCCGCGCUGUUUGUGCUGUUUACAUUUAUUGUUUAAAAUUUGUAUAUAUAUAUUGCGUAUUGUUUGCACUUGCAUGAUAGCCUAUAUAAUUAUAUAUGUAUUACAUUUAUUAUGACGCAAUGGUCUAUUUAAAGCCGUGAUCACAUACACAUAUAUUGCCACGUCUUCACUGCCAACGCGUUGAACCUCGAUUUCAUGUUGGUCAUAAUGAACGAAUAAAUGAUUUACCCAUACAAUGUAAUUAUGAAACGACGCAAUCGAACCCAAUUGCGCUCGUCGUAUCCAGUCACAUCCUAUCGAACGUCCGACUGCAUGAACUCUUUCAUGAUCCGAUCAGAUUAUAGGGCAGGGUGAACAACUGAUGAAACCUUCCUCAGCGUAGAAAUUAUUUUGAUCCAGUAAUAAAGUUCAAAAGUCUAAUUAGAGUUUUGAGUAAUUUCUAGGAUAUAAACUUUUGAUUAAGCUUUAGGACUGGGAUAAAUUUAGUUCUCGGCAGGGUCAGUUCAAUGUUAUGAUCAAGCUUGGAAUUGUCAGAAAAAAUUUUGCUGUUGAUUCCUUCCGUUGCUUGUUACAUUAUUAAUUAACUAAGCGCUUUUGUGCAGCUGAUGGUGGUGGAUCAGUUAUCAAAAUGAGAAAAUAAUAUGGUGAUUUCAUGAUACGGUAUUACUGUACAUGUCUUAUAUUUGGCGGUUAAUAAAUAAACGGAGGGAGAUUUGAUUGAGUUGUCUUGUUUUUAUAACUCUCAACAAACAGUCUGAAUUUGACCACCAUCUCCUGCCGGUAACUCGAGCUGAAACCAAACCUUUUUAGACCACCAUUUCGUUUCAGCAUGCCAAGUUACCAUGAGCAUUGUGGAAAACCCGGACCUAAGAGUCUAUCCUACAUUCCGCCUCCUGAAGCAAGACUUUUCAAGUCCCGAAGUGCUCCUGGUUCACCCUUGUUCGAUCGCAAUCAACACUUCAGCAGGUCCGCUAAGGGUUCCGCAAGUUUCCGAGAACCACGGCACACUCGGGCGUCGUUUCUUCUGCGUGAAAGUCAGUUGAAAAAGGCGGAGAAGUAUAAAGACGAGAAAGGGCCAAAAAUUGGACGAAGCAAGUCGUUUACAAGUAGGAUAACGUCGAAAUUGUACAGCAGAAGUAAGUAGACGCAGGUUAUCAAUUCGUCCUUCCGUUUUCCGUCCGCUCGUCUGUUCGCUCAUCCGUGUUCCUCGCCCACGCAGGAAAACAAACCCACGCGAGAACUCUCCUUUCGAAUUCCGGCUGCGUGGGCGAUUUGAAAAAUUACAAUCAAUGAAGUCUGCGAAGCAAACUUUGGUCAAAUUUGACGCGUUUGGUGCUUUUUUGAGCUAAUUUUUUUACCAAAAGAGCAAUGCCGAACUGCCCUAAGUGCAAUAAACCUGUCUUCUUCGGUAAGUGAGCUUUUAGAGAGAAAAUAAGCGGAAAAAACAACGAGAGUUUGUAUAAUGACAUCUCAAUUUUACAACUUUACUCCUCGACAAUAAACAAAUAUUUACCACUGCCUUUUUCAGAAGAAGGGUCAGUGAUCACCAUAAAUGUCCAAAAAUUAUGUACUAAGAUUGUUUUUUAUUUAUUUCUAGCCGAACAGAAGAAUUCGCUGGGCAAGUCGUGGCAUCCGAAGUGUUUGAAAUGUGAAGAAUGUGGCAAAGUACUAAAUCCCGGCCAACAUUCUGAAGUAAGAUAUUUAUAUUUAAACCGCUAUAUUUUCUUGUUUUAACUCGAUAUUUUGUGCACCAAAGGCCUCUUUGUGUGACCACACGUAGGAAAUUCAAACAGGGGUCAUGUGGUUAAAAUUUGGUGCAAUUUUCUGGAGUUUUUUUUUGUGCGAAAUUUUGGAAAAUGUUUGGAUGCCGCCUUUGUUGAUGUUUUGGCACUGAAUGGCUCCUUCCAGAUUGUCACGAAAUUAAUAGCCCUUUAAACUGAUUUUCGCUUCUCAGCGCUGAAAUAAUAAACUAUUUUGAAACCAUCCCAAGAUGAAAUGUUCUCUAAACGAGGAAGUAUCGUGUUUAAGCUAUAAACACAGGCGAAAUUCAACACCAUUUUCACGGAAGAAUUUUUCUGUCUCGUGAUUCGCAAAUGAGAUAUGUUUAUGCUUAAACGGUCUCGUUUGAAAUAUUUGCGUUUUGUGCUGUGUGGGCAGCUUUGAAAUGGACGAUUUACAGCUAACUAAUCCCGAAGAAUGCCCAAAUUGUGCCGGGGACUGUACAGUGCCUGUAAGUUAUAAUCUUUUAAGCCAUUUUUUGAAUGCUAUCUCACAAGACUCGCAUACCUCGUCGCAUGCUAUUUAAUCACCGAUUUAAUCUUUUAUAUUUAACAUAUGUUGUUUUGUCUUAAUAGGAAAUUAGUCGUACUUGUAUUAAAAGUGAGCAACUAUAAAACUGCGGUUUUGCUACCAAGGAAUUCUAAUGAAGCAAUUAAUAUGCGAUCUUUGUAUAAAAUGUUCAUGUAAAUUUGUGGUUUUCCGUUUGAGAAAGUUGGUUUGAAACUGUUUCAGACAGCAUCGUUAUCCUAGACAUGAUAAGAAUAUGAAAUUUAAUAGCCAUGAAUACAUAUUUAAAGUAUUGAUGGUUCACAGACUGCUUGAUUGUACUUCCCCUUGAUGACUAAAAUCAUCUGGCAUUAGACAGAGUAAAAUAAUGAAGUAGGGUGCAUUGAGGUGCAUUACAGCUUAACUCAUUGAGCAGCAAUGCUCCCCAGUCUGCCCUACUUAUUUAUUGUAUUACUUGUCUAAUGCCAGACGAUUUUACUCAUCAAUGGGGAAGCGCUGCAGCUUAAUGGUUACAAAAAAUCUGACAAUGUCUCUAGUUAGCUUAUAGGUUUAACAGGAGACAUUGGCAGACAGUUAGGAAGAACAGUUUCGAACUGAUGGAGCUAUCCAGUAUAAAUAAAGUUAGUUUAGUUUAGGUUUCCUCCUGUAGUGACACUGGAUCAAUAAGAGAUGAUCCUUACUGGACCUCUAGGAAGAACAGUUUAGAACUGAUAGAGCUACCCAGUAUAAAUAAAGUUAGUUUAGUUUAGGUUUCCUCCUGUAGUAACACUGGAUGAGUAAGAGAUCACCUUAAUUUAACUGCACAACAUCCAGCAAGAACAGUUUAUUUAGCAGAACUGAUCAGUAUAUUUAUGAAAUAUAGAACAACUACACAAGGCUGACAAAAGCUGACAUGUUUAUAAACAUGAAAUACUAGCUAAGCAUCUUAAGUACAUAUUUGAAAUUCAAAUCGGUUCUAAAUUGUUGUAUUUUGAUUGGCUGGCAGUGAAGCAUUAAAAUAUUCAUUGUUCAUGUCCUCAUGUCAAGUGUUCUCAUCAUGAAAUAUGGAUUCAGAGAUUAUUAAUUAUCUUCAUAGAAGAUUGCCCCAUACUGGCAGCUUAUGGAUGGUAAUUUCUCAUUGUGUGAACUGUUUAUUUCUUAGAUUUACUUCAGUUGAUAUAGCUUCGUUUUAUCUCAUGCUUGUAAAAUGAUAUCUGUGUUUAUAUUAGCUAAACUAUUGUCUGUGUUUUAACAUUUGUUUGAUUGUGUCAUGUGAGCUUGUUGAGUUUGUCUUCUUGCUAGUGUUUAAUUUUAUUCUUAGUAAGCAUUUGUUUGUUACCGUACUGUUUUUAUUCAAACUAGAACAAUAUUUAUGUCUGGCUUAGUGUCUUUGCUUCGAUUAUGAAUUUUUGACCUUUGAUCUAGUAUGUUCCUUCUUAGGUUUAAAUUAAACUAACUUUAUUUAUACUGGGUAGUUCUAUUAGUUCUAAUCAGUUCUUCCUAAAGGUCCAGCAGUUAGGUUACUAGUCUUAUACAGCGUAGGAAGCACUCUCACAUGCGACUAAAGUGCUACAAACACUAUAAGGGUCUUCAGUGACACAGUUGUCAGAGCAAGUAUGAGUGCCUUCCAAUUCUUAGAUUGUGGGUUUGAUUCUCUGUGACUGCGGACUUGUGUGAGAAGAGUCUGUUAAUGUUCUGCCGAAAUUUGUGGGUUUUCUCCGGGAAAGUUGACUGAGGGUGGUUUAGGAUAAACAUAGUUAAUAAGAAAGUGAUAUCACAAUUGUUGUAAACAUAAAUAGUCUACACAGCUAAAAACGAUCAGGUUGUUGCAAUGCAAUAUUGAUGAAAACAGGAUUGAACAAUGUUUUGCUGCCCACAUUGUUCACAGUUGUCAACAAUAUUGAACAAUAUUGUUACACCCAUUCAGACUCAACAAUAUUGUUCAAUAUUGUUGACAGCUGUAAACAAUGUGGGCCGCACAACAUUGUUCAAUCCUGUUAAACAGCAGGCUCGUAAUUUUUACUUGUGUAGGCUAAGAAUUAAAAAAAUUAACAUAAGUAAGGGUAAUACUUAAUGUCAUUGGUCACUGAAAAGCCCCGAUGGGGAGUGAACUGAAUCAUAAUCAACAUUCAGCAUCCUCUAUGCAAAUCCUUGGUAGAAUGUCUCAAAGAAAUAUGUUUUAAAAUUUACUCUAUGUUUGUUUGUAGCAUCGAGGGAUACCAUAUUGCAACAUACCAUGUUACAGUUUGUUAUUUGGCCCUGGAGGUUAUGGUCGUGGUGGGGUAGAGUCACACCAGAAGCUUGGAUUUCAAACUACGCUAACGCCUGACCAAGUUGCACUACGGUAUGCUAACUUUAUCUUUGUUGCUCUUUGUAAUGACCAUCAGUUGAAUCUUUGGAUGAACAGUUCAAAUAUUUGCUACCUGAGCAUUGCUCUGAAAAUUUCAAACAGCUCUGUUUCGGUGACUGAUCAGAGUAGAGACAGACCAUUAGAAAAAGGGGGAGACAAAAAAAUUUUGCAGAGGAAUACAAUAGAAAAAGCUUUGGGCAAAGAGGGAAAGCAAGCAAUUAAAUACCUUAAAUUUCCACAAAAAAUUUCGAGCACAAGCGGACAUCUGAAAAAAAUAUUGGCUGAAUAUUACCUCCCUCCCAGACACUUUCUAAUGGUCUGUCCCUUAAAAUGUGACUUUGUCAAAUGCUUGUUUCAAACAUUCAAGUUUCAAUUGUAGCAAAUGUAAAUAUUGAUAUAACAAUAAAAUGUUUAUGGUAUAUUUUCUAGGAAUGAGUUGCUACCAAAGUUACAACACUAUAACGAACAUUAUGAAAGUGACAAGAAAAGAGCUUUACAGCUGGCCAGUAAAGAGGUACAAGGUCUACAUGGCUAAAAACGCACAGGUUGUUCCUUGAAGUUGAUAUCGACAGGAGUGAACAAUGUUGUGCGGCCAACUAUGAACAAGUUGUCAACCAUGAUGUUCCAAGUUGUUACAGUUGAACAAUGCUGUAACAACAUGUUGACAAUACUGUUCAUAGUGGGCCGCACAACCUUGUUCACGCCUGUUGAUAUCAACCUGGAACAAGUCGUUGAUUUUCUCAAUUUUUAUGCGUGUACAAGCAGUUUUUAAACCCCCUCAACAUUAGAGAAGUUCAGAUUUUGACUGCCACCACUGCUACCAUUAACCAAUCAGAGGUGUUUAUUUUACACCAUUAACCAAUCAAAUGCUUCCAUGGUAGUGGAAAUCAAAACCUCUCUAUUAGAUCAUAGACAUAAUGCAAUGCUUGUGUGUUUCCAACAGGAUGGAAAUCUUGGCAUCCCCAUAAUUGAGACCAUUGCAGCUUUGAAAUGAUAAUUAGGAUGCUUGUGUGAUGUUACUCUGAGUGUAUAUCCACACCGGGCAGGCUUGAAAAAUAUGCCUGGCCACGGUGGGAAUCGAACCUACAACCUUUGGAAUACUAGCCCCAAACUAGUUCCGAAAAAUCGCAUACUCAAACCGGCCUGACUGCGUAGCUCAGUUGGCAGAGCGUUGGGCUAGUAUGCCAAAGGUCGUAGGUUCGAUUCCCACCGUGACCAGGCAUAUUUUUCAAGCUUCCCCGGUGUGGAUAUACACUCAGAGUAACAUCACACAAGCAUCUUAUUCACCUGAGUACACUACACCAGCACAGCAAAUAUGAUAUUUAUGAUAUUAAUUCCUUGUAUGUGGUUGUAUUUUUUAGGCAAAUGGCAAGUUAAUCAUUGAAGGUGUGUUACGUGUCUACUGGGGCUUAAAGAACCCGGUCACACUGGCUCCACUGUGCGGGAAAAAUGAUCGUGCUUUUAAACUUUUUCAUCCUGUGUCCAAUCAGAAGUUGUCCAGAUCUGAAACUGUGAAACAGGUAGUUAUUCCCAAAAUGAAAAGUUCAAAAAUAUGUUUGCUUAAUUUGGGAAUCAGUGUAUGAAAGGAUUCUUAUCCAGUUGUUUGAGUACAUCACCAUGUGAGAGAAAUACUUUGAGUUUGACUCCAUGCCAAACACCACAGGUUUUAUUAGUAUUCCAGUUUCCUCUUGUAGUAACACUAGACAAAUAGGGUAUAUACCUUACUGGAAUUCCAGCAAGAACAGUUUUUAACUGAUAGAACUAUCCAGUAUAAAUAAAGUUAGUUUAGUUUAGGUUUCCUCCUGUAGUAACACUGGAUCAAUAAGAGAUGAUCCUUACUGGGCCUCUAGGGAGAACAGUUUAGAACUGAUAGAGCUAUCCAGUAUAAAUAAAGUUGGUUUAUUUUAGGUUUCCUCCUGUAGUACCACUGGAUCAAUAAGAGAGGAUCCUUCCUUGACAUCUAGGUAGAACAGUUUAGAACUGAUAGAGGUAUCUAGUAUAAAUAAAGUUAGUUUAGUUUAGGUUUUCUCCUGUGGUAGCACUGAAUCAAUAAGAGAAAAUUCUUACUGGAUCUCUAGGGAGAACUGUUUAGAACUGAUAGAGCUAUCCAAUAUAAAUAAAGUUAGCCUUAAAAACCAUCAUUCAAAAGGCUGCCUUUAAAUUCGAAUUGGACCGUUUCAGUUAAGAAGCCAAAGUUUGAUAACUGAUGAAAAACUCGCAGACAGAGCUUUGAAGAAGGCAGCUAGAGGGAAACCUCGGUCUAACUCAGAGGAAAAGCUUGGUCGACGACAUACAAUGAGUCAUUCUGAUCGCAAGAAGAGACCGGCCAAGUCGAGUCUGGAAGUAAGUUGAACUUUUUAAGGGAUGACCAGGGGUGGAAAAGAAUUUUACUUCCUGGGACCAAAAGAGAACAUUGAAAAUUUUCUGCAAAUAAUUAAGUAAAUUGACACUCGGACACUGUAACUGUCAUGUUAUAACUGAACAGAAACAAUUUAUUUCUGUGCACUGAGAAUCUUAGUAAGACUUUUAGGAAUAAAACUAAUUUAGAUAACAUGCAUGGAUCUGAUCCUAAGGUAAAUACGGAUGCCAAAAAAGGGCACUAAAAAUGCACUAAAGGCAAAAAACGGCACUAAAAGAUGCCCUAAGUCUAAGGGCAAAAAAGGACACUAAAAAUUAUACACUAUCGCACUAUAUUUUAGCCAACAAGGUUCAUUCCACCUUAUGGUACUUCAACAACACUACGGUUAACCAGCAAGAUACCCACACCAGAUGUCGUCAAGAUGAUCUUAACAAAAUUUCAGGUUUGCUGUUCAAUUAUUUGCAGUUGUAUGCUCAGCAAGCUAGGAAAUACUGCAGCAGAAAUAUUUCCAAAUGUUGAUUCUUCCACGAAUGUUCCCGUGUUUGUUCACCUUUGAUUGAAAACAUUGCCACAAAUUUUCCUUUUAUGGAAGCGAAAAUGUUUGCCAAAUAAUCUGACAAAUAUUCUCAUUUCCUUGUUUGCUCUGAACUUUGCGCAAUAUGGCUAAGAAAUAAUGUUGAUGCAACAAUGAAUCCUAGUUUAUACGAAAUCUUAGAUACGAUAAAAUAAUAUUAGGGAGCCCAUUGGCCCCAUUCAUACUGUACCCGAUGUAUUCUAAAUAUUAUUACAGGUAAACUACAUUAAGCGUUCCUCUUUUGAGUUUCUAAAUUGAUUGCAAUUUUCCUCAUUACCUUUGCAAUUUAACAAAACCUCCCUUACAAAUCCUUUGAGAGAAUUUGCAAUGUUGCUAAAAGCCGAUUAAAUUUUCCUCAUUCCUGUUAGAAGUUCUUAACUUCCUGCAUUGGAAUAUUGCAACCACAUAUCAGUGAUUGCAACAGCCGAUAGGAACGUUGCAAAUUCCCUCAACGAGUUUUUCAAAUUCGAAAAGCUAAUGAGGAAAAUUCCAAAUAACUUAGGAGGUCAAAAGAGGAACGCUUCACGUAGUUUACUUGUGAAAUAUACAAACAAUUUCUUGUUUUUUUAGAUUGCCGACCCCUGUGAUAAGUUCACCUUGUUUGUCAAAUAUGAAAAUGGAGGUAAUGCAUGUCUGCUAACAAUGUUUAACAGUCGUGUGGGCAAGUGUCAAGUGAUUAAAGUAUAAAUAAAAUAUUUUCUUCAGAAAUUAGACGACUCUGUAAUGGCGAAGGUCCACUGAUGAUUCGACUUCGACUUGGUCCAGCUGAGGUAAAGCUAGCGCAAAAAUGCUAAACUUCCUUUAUAUUGCAUAGCUCUUUCAGUUAUAAACUGUUCUACCUAGAGGUCCAGUAAGAAUCAUCUCUUAUUGAUCCAGUGUUACUAAGAGGAAACCUAAACUAACUUUAUUGAUACUACAUAGCUCUAUCAGUUCUAAAUUGUUCCAAAUCCACUCAGACUGUUCCACUAAUUAUUCUCUUGAUUUUUUUUCUUUACGUAGGAUUUAGCGAGAAUUUAUUUGAUGGAAGAUAAAAAAGAUACAGCGAUUGGAAGAGAGGUGAAAUUCUUGUGUUUCGAAAAUAUCUACGCACGACCUAUACCAGAAUAUUCUGGAAAUACUCAAAAUCCAUAAUACACUUAGAACUUAUCAAAUGUGUUUAAUUUUGUGAUUCAUACAGGUAGCUCAGUACAUCCAUUUUGCAACACCAGUACUGCAGGCAUUUAUAGUCAAGUUCAACGAGGAAGAGGAACGUGAGCUCCAGAAAAUUAAAGACAGGUUGGUGAUUUUUAUUCCAUGAGAUUGCAUGCAGUGUUAGCAAGCGUUAAGGUGGAGUAAUACGAGCAACAAAAUUGCUGCAACUUGCAACAAAAUCUGAUUUCAACGCAUGUUAAGUAGAAAUGUCGACACAUGUUGCCUUGUGAUUUGUAAUUUAUUUGUAAACAUUUUCAAUUAACAUGCGUAGAAAUCAGAUUUUGUUGCAAGUUGCAGCAAUUUUGUUGCUCGUAUUACUUCACCAAAUCGUAUUACUUCACCAAAAUUCCUAGUGUGAUCACAGAAACUUUCUUGUGUAAACCAGGUUUAAAUUAGUUCACAACUUUACCAAAGUAACCUUCUUAUCUUUUAGAUAUCGUGAAUACAAGAAACAUUUGCAAGCCAUCAUUCAAGAAAUAUCUUCGACGUCUUAAAGAUGAAAUUUUUACUCUCUGUAUUGUAAAGCAUACAGUGUAUACAGAGUAAUUCUUAUCGGGAGAAGAUCUGGUUCGAUCACGCCCAAACACAGAUGACAACAGUUCCUGAUUCCUAUCCAAAAUUAUCUUAAACUACUGCAAAAAGAAGAAAGGUUUUUCAACAAAAUGAAUUCCGAAUAUGGAGCUCUUUGGUGAUGUUUAUGGUGAUGUCCAGUUCAUGUUUGGUACUGAUGUCUGGCUUCAUCGGAUCAUCCAUUUUAAACACAAGAUCAACUAUCCACAACUACAAUCCUGGUCAAAAAUAUUGGCACACAUUUGACUCAUACUACAAUGAGAUGCAUAGCAACCCCCCUUCCCCCCAUUCAAUGUUGUGUGUUAGACUUGCUAUGCGUUACGCAACAUUGAAUGGGAGUGGGGAGGUGGGCUCUGAACCUGAAAUUCUGCAUAAAAUGCGCAAGGAUGUAUAUGGCAAUCAGAAAUGGAGUAAAGGAUUUUGCUAAAUUUUGACUAAGUGCACGAAGGAUGUUUGACCAGGAUUGUCCGAUAUUUUCCUGAUAGUGUUUCUAACGCCCCAUUUCCAUUCGAGAAAAAUUUCCACGGACAGAAAAUUUUCCGAAAAGAAAAUUUCAGAAAAUUUUCCAUUGUUAAAAGUUGAAAAUUUUCAACUUCAAAAUUUUUUCCCACGGAAAAUUUGUGUCGGCCAAAUCACAUUUUACAAAAUUUUCUUUCUGCGGAAAAUUUUCCUGAGUGGAAAUGAGCCUGAAUGCCGUGCUUAUACACAUUGACGGAUCAUUCGUCAAGACGAACUACGCACGCAAGUUCGCCUCAGUAGCUACGUAGAUAGGGCCUAAAAAAAUACAUGUGGUUCUGGUUCCCGACCGACCCUAUUUUUUCUCUGGGUGGUUGCGGGCUGCUCAUACAGCGUGCCAAUAUGGCGUCUGUUGUCACACUUAUUAUUUAACCAAAUUGCCUAAAUUCCUCCAUAGGAAAUACACAUCUCUAAUUAAUAUUGAUAUCGGGACUCUACUGAAAAUCGCCCAGCAAAAAACCCCGCCAAAACCAUGAAAAAAAUAUUCAAAAUUAUUCCCAACCUACCGACCCUAAUUUUUUCAUGAUAUGAAACCGGAACCACAGGUAUUUUUUUUAGGCCUAGCUUGUCUUGACGGAUAAUCGACUUUUAUGCACAGACCAAUUAUCAGAUCAACUAUCUUUUCUUUGCCCAGUAUACAGUAAACCGAACACCGUCAAUCAAUAGAGGAAUUGUAGUGAUUGUCCUGCUGUGAUAAACAAGUCCGGUGUUGGAAGUACAUACAAUGUUGAUGUUAAUUACUUGUAAUAGUUGCAAGUGGCUGGUCCACUGAAAUAUUAGUGUAUAGUAUUCAUAAUUUGUACAUAACAAACUGUAUUUAAUAUUGCGUUGAUGAAAGUAAAUUAAGAUAAAUAUUUUAAGUUAAA